UUAAAGACUGCAUUUCCUAUCCUCAUUCUAUGUGGUACCAUAUUCCAAACAAACUCUUUAAUAAGGUCGGGGGGUUAGAUUUUUUGCUCAGAUGUGAUUAUGAAAUAUCUAAGAUUCCUCUUAAGUUGUCUAGUUUCUAUAAGCAAGCUUUGAGUUUUGGGAAACUAAUUUUCACCCACAAUUAUUCACCUCACAAUUCUGUGCUGUGGAAUAAUAGGGUUAUAGUCAUCAAUAAGAAGUCCUUAUUUAAAUCAGACUGGUAUAAUAGUGGUGUGUGUUUUGUUGUUGAUCUGCUUGAUAAAAAUGGAAACUUGCUAUCUUAUGAAGAAUUUAUUGAUAAAUAUAAAAUAGACGUUUCAUUUAAUAAUUUUAACAAGGUUUGUAAAGCACUACCCACAAGAACAUGCUUACCUUCACUGACGAUAGGUAAUACCUCAAUAAAGGACAAACAAUUUAAUAAUAAGUUAAUCUCUAAUACCUUCAAGCAAAUAGUAUUCUGUAACUAUAAUGUCAAUGUCAGACAUGACCUUGAUAGCGUGUUGAAAGAAAAGUCAUUUUCUUUUUACUUAAAAUACCCACUUGCGCCUAAAAUGAAAGAAACACACUUCAGAAUCAUAUCUAGCAUUUAUCCAGUAGGAGAAUUCCUGUAUAAAAGGUUUAAUUUUGAGGCCGACUUUUGUGCUUUCUGUUCUUCCGUUCCAGAAACACUAGAGCAUCUAUUUUUCACUUGUCAGUAUGUUAAUGCUUUUUGGUUUGAAAUACACUGUUGGGUUUCACUCAGGAUUUCCAAUAUACCUUCCUUCACAUCUAAGGAUGUUCUUUUCUUUAUGGACAAUCUAGAUUCUGAAAUCUCAGAUGUUGUCAAUUUUGUAAUAGUGCUAUGUAAGUUUUUUAUUCAUGUAUGUAAGUGGAAGAAUGCCUCUCCUAUAUUUACCGUCUUCUUGAAUUACUUUUGUCAAUACUUUAAGUCACUUAAGCUUAUUUCUACUAUGAAUAAAAAAACUGCUGUACUAUACUCUAAAAUCACAAAAUACUUGCUAUUCUAAUUUGCCUGCUUGUGUCAAAAGGUCUAUGUUC